UAUGCCCGAGUGGAUAAUAAUAAAAGGAUAUUAUUGAAGGCUGCUUCUGUGGACUGGCUAUUCAUUUCAGCAGUAUAUUGUUGAUUUGUAUAGCAGAUAAAUAUAAGCAAGCUAUAUACGCCGCAGUCUGGAUGUGGCACAGAAUUAGGAGCAUAUACGAUUAGUUUUUGUCAUCAUGGUGGAACGGAUUUGGUUUUGGCUUUUGCUAGUUGCUGUUUGCAUACCUUUCAUUAAGUGUUCAGAAGGUCACCAUGAUAACGUCUCUAAUUCUGAUGCCAAUUCCAGUAGUCAUGGCAACACAUCUUCUCAUCAAGGUGGUCAUGGAAUCCAUAUUGUUGUCUGGAACAUACAUGCCGUAAAAGAACCAUUAAUUUUCACUGUUGUUGUCUUGCUGGCAUUUUUUAGCAAGCUAGUUUUUCAUCAUGCUAAUUACCUGUCAUCCAUUGUGCCUGAAUCUUGUAUGCUGAUAGUGGUUGGUACUAUUUUAGGAGCAAUAUUCCAUUUCACUGGAGCUUCAGCUGAUCUUCCUCCAUUUUUUGAGCCACAUCAGUUCUUUAUGUUUUUACUACCUCCAAUCAUCCUUGAAUCAGCUUUCAGUUUACAUGACAGAACAUUUGCUGAAAAUCUAGGAAGUGUUUUAUUGUUUGCUGUUGUUGGUACCAUCUUAGCUUGUUUUAUGUUAGGUGGUACGUUAUAUGGUUUAGCUCAAUGUGGUGCUAUGGGUAGUAUACAGGAAAUAACAUUUGUACAGAUGUUGGUCUUUACUUCGUUAAUAGUAGCUGUUGAUCCUGUUGCUGUUUUGGCUGUUUUUCAAGAAAUUGGUGUAAAUCAUGUUUUGUAUUUUCUAGUAUUUGGAGAAUCAUUAUUAAAUGAUGGAGUAACUGUUGUAUUAUAUCAUGUCAUGCAGGCGUAUAAUUUAAUGGAUGAGAUAACAGCAGAACAGAUCAUACUUGGUGUGCUCAAGUUUUUUGUGGUGUGUUUUGGUGGAUUGGCUUUGGGUGUGAUCUUUGGUCUUUUAUCAGCUGUCCUUACCAGAUUUUCUUUGCAGGUCAAAGUUGUCCAACCAAUUAUUAUAUAUGGAAUGGCUUACAUGGGUUUUAUGAUGGCAGAACUCUUUGAGUUUUCAGGAAUUAUAAGUAUAAUUGGAUGUGGUUUGGUUCAAGUUCAAUACGCCUUCCAUAAUAUCAGCGAUAAAUCACGAAUAACAAUUAAAUAUUUUACUAAAGUUAUCAGUUCUUUGAGUGAAAUUAUUAUAUUUCUGUUCUUGGGCUUGGCGUUUGUACGACAGUCUCUAGAAUGGCAUACAGGUUUUAUUCUGUGGACGGUUCUAUUAUGUCUGGUUUUUAGAUUUAUCAUAACUUUUGGAAUGUCAUUUUUUAUCAACAAAUUUGAUACGUAUCGCGUCAGAAAGAUAGGAUUAGAUGAACAGUUUAUGAUAGUAAGUCUUUUCUACACCCUUAUUUGGGGGGUCACGGUGGCUAAGUGUGUAAGAUGCUGGCUCGCUAGCCUGGAGUGGUCAGGAAAUUAA